UCUUGGGAAACGUAGUUCCCGGCUGUUUGGGGCCGGGCUGGGGUUGGGAGGUCGCAGAGGCAGGCGCGCGGCGGGCAGUCCUGGAGGGGGGUUUCCGCGUGGGCCUCGGAGCCGUCUGCCCUGCCCGAGAAGAGGUCACAGCGUGAGCCCGCCGCCGCCUGUGCUGCCACCACCGCUGUCGCCGCGAGGUCUGAGUGCCGGGGCUGCAGCCAUGGCCUACUGCCGGCAGGAAGGGAAGGAUCGAAUCAUCUUUGUGACCAAAGAGGACCAUGAAACUCCAAGCAACGCAGAGCUGGUGGCCGAUGAUCCCAGUGAUCCGUAUGAGGAGCAUGGAUUGAUCCUGCCAAAUGGAGACAUUAACUGGAACUGCCCGUGCCUUGGGGGAAUGGCCAGUGGCCCCUGCGGGGAACAGUUCAAGUCAGCCUUUUCCUGCUUCCACUAUAGCACACAGGAUGUCAAGGGGUCAGACUGUGUAGACCAGUUCCGGGCCAUGCAGGAAUGCAUGCAGAAAUAUCCCGACCUCUAUCCCCAGGAGGACGAGGAGGAAGAGGAAGAGAAGAAGCCAGCAGAACGUUUAGAAGAGACAGCUGCCACUGAGGCCACUGCAACCAAAGAAGAAGAGGGGUCAAGCUAAUGAAGGCCACAAGGCACUGGGCUCCAGUCCUUAUGCUUCAGAGUGAUAUGAACCUUUUGCAAAAUGCCUUUUGGUCAUUCUCCGAGAAAGUGUCUUUCCCUCUGUUGUUCUGUGCACUAUAAUGUACAAAAUAACUUAUUUUGAUGAUCAGGGAUCUUGGUCCUUUGACAUAUACACUGGAAAAAAAAUGUAUGUGUGUCUCACAUAAACCUAUCAGCAAAUGUAGCUGUCAUUUUUGAAUUCUCUUUUCAAAUUAUCCCGAAUUUUGCCACUUUGAAAUAAUGUGCUGACUGUGUUCAGCAACCAAAAAUCAUUAUCUGGGAGUGUCUUGUGAGUGAGCUGAUUUAUUCUGAUUGAUUAUAUCCCUUUUAGUAGAUUUUUAUACCCCUCUGGGAAAUGAAAUAGAAACAAAAACAGCUUCCUUUAGAGUUGCUGGAGUGGGGCCAUUCCUAACACAAGUCAGCUGAUCAGAUAACAUACUUCUCAUGAGCCAUCUUGACCUUGAGUAUAUGAGGAGGUGCAAUAUUUCAUUUCUGAUGCAUUUUGGUUUCCAUUUUUACGUUGAGCUCCAGGUUUUCUGUGUUUGGAAAUUGGAGCUUUAGACCCUCUGAUUCAAUAUCCCUUUCUGAGUGAAGAGAAAGGCUGGUUCUGCUGUUCUAGUUAUUCUAAAAGCCCUGGUUUGGGGCCUGUGUUCUUACUGGCUCUGUGUCAGCCCGUUCAGAAUGCAAUGUUCUUGAGGUGGGGACCUAAUUGUUACCAAAGUAGCAACCAAGAGAUGAAACGGUGUGAAUUAAGUAGUCAAUUAAAGGAAAACGUGAUUUUUACCUGA